CUGUCCUUUGAGAUUCAUACGUGGGAAUACUUUCCAUCGCUCAAGAUGCUUCCGUCCGUUGCUCUCCUCUCUCUGUUGGCGGCAGCUCCUUUCACCGUAGUAGCCACUCCUACCACUCCUACCACUCCUCCCAAGGAUGUCAACCCCUUCUUAGGCAAGAACUACUACGCAAACAGCCACUACUCCAAGGAGCUCGACCAAACCAAGGUUGCCUUCCUCAAGAAGGGCGACUUGCUCAAUGCCGCUCGCGUCACCACCGUGCAGCGCACCGGCACCUUCGUCUGGGUGAGCAACGUUGCCGGCCUCUCCGGCAUCGACACUGCCAUCGCUGAGGCACGUGCGGAGCUCCGCCGCACUCGCAAGCAGCAGAUCGUACAGCUUGUCCUCUACGAUCUGCCCGACCGUGACUGCUCAGCCGGUGACUCGGCUGGAGAGUUCUCCUCCGCCAACGGCGGUCUCCAGAGGUACAAGACCGAAUUUGUUGAUAAGUUCGCAAAGGCGGUCUCAAGUGCUCCUGACUUGACAUUCGCGAUUGUCCUCGAGCCAGAUUCCCUGGGAAAUGUCAUCACCAACCAGGGCAUCCCGUUCUGCGCCACCGCCACCCCCAUCUACGAGGAGGGCAUCGCCUACGCCAUCUCGAAGCUCCAAUUCCCCAACGUGAGCCUCUACAUCGAUGCCGCCCACGGAGGCUGGCUCGGAUGGGCCGACAACCUCCCCCUAGCCGCCGCCGAGUUCUCCAAAGUCCUCAAGCUCGCCCAAACCUUCAAAAAGGGCGCCACCAUCCGCGGCUUCGCCACCGACGUCUCAAACUUCAACCCCUACAUCGCCAACCCCCGCGCCAACUACACCGAAUGGUCGCCCUCCUACGACGAGAAGAACUACGCUCUCUCCCUCGCCCCUUUCCUCCAGAACGCCUCCGUCCCGCACCACUUCAUCAUCGAUGUCGGGCGCUCCGGGCUGCAGAACCAGCGCGAGGAGUGGGGCGAUUGGUGUAAUGUUAAGGCGGGGUAUGGGGAGAGGCCGACGACGGAUACAGGCACCGAUAUUGUCGAUUCGUUGGUUUGGGUUAAGCCCGCCGGGGAGUCGGAUGGGGCGUGUGGGCCGCUGAUCGAUGGGGAGGGAGCGCCGGGGGCCGGGCAGUGGUGGGAUAAGUAUGCGCAGCAGGCGGUGAAGUUCGCGAACCCGCCGUUGGCGCCGACGUGGUGGUAG